AACGUUAAUAAUCUAUUCCACCAGCUGCGCUCGACUAACACGACCUUUCUUCGAUUUCCAGCUCACACGACCUUCUCGCCGAGCGACGUCAGUUUGGGCCAGCUGGAGCAAAAUUCGCAGUGUGCAACACACAAGGCGGCCCCCACGCUCGAGACUCGUGCAGGCGGUGAGUCGUGCCGCCGGAGAAGCACCAUCAGGCACGCAGCACGGGCGAUUGAGAUGAGAUGUCGUUGAGAACGCGUGUCCUCUGCCUGGUGGAGGUCGUGCUGCGAGUGCCGCCGCUCUUCGUCAUCGAUGAGAUCCUCAAGCUGGGGCUCGGCGUCGCCGAGUUCACCGAGGGCGAGUUCGUCGAGCUCAACGGCUAUGAUCCCGGCGAGCAUGCGGAGGCGGGUGCCGCCGCCGCCGCUAGUUUUCUCGCCGACUCCUUCAACUACACCGGAUCGCGGCUGCAGUACGAUUCCAAAGUCUACAAGUUUGUUUUGAUUUCACUCAUGAGGGUCUUGCUGAGUGCUUUAGGAUGUUUGGUCGCCCUUGGUCUGUUUGUGCUGAACACAAAGCACCUUAUGGUCGUCUACAUGUAUCUAAUGUCAUUGGGGAUCGUUUUCGUCUCGUACUGGACGAAUGUGUCCACAAUGCGUAGCGUCAUCGGCGCAGUCGAAAGCGAGCAGAUCAAGUCUUCGAUUCUCGACGAGAUUCUCUCGCUGAAUUUCGGCGAGAUUAUGCGCCCGGAUGGUUGCGCCUACUACGUCGGGCAGAACAUACUAUUCCAGCUGGCGAUGAUGUUCCUUUUCUUCAAUAUUCACCUUGGACCACGCUACGGCUCCCUACAGCGGCUUCUACCUCUAUCGUUUAUUGGUCCUUCAAUUCUGGCUCUACUACCACUGCCAGUGGCAGUGUUCAAUCACGCUGCUGUUUUCGCUGCUCUGCUACCAUUAAUGAUGGUGGUGUUUGUCUUAUUUGCGUCGAUAUUCUCCAUCGUGCAGACGGUUUUACAUGGGUACAACUACGCGCGGACGUAUGUGAGCAAUUUCGGCAUGUCGGCACUCAUCGAAAGCGAAUGGUUGCGCUUGAGCGUGCCGGAAGUCCUGCGCACGUUUUGGUUACUGCGUGUGUUGGAACACACUGGGUUGUUUUUCAUCGCUGGAUUAUGGCAGAUGGAUGAUUCCGGUUUGACACCGGCGUUCAAAUGGAUGAAGAAUACGAUGAUUACUGGAUGUGACACGCUCAUUGCCGUGCUGGGGAUUACCAGCGUGGUUUCGUAUCUUUGUCAUCACAUCGGUAAAUUCUUCCAGUGGAUAUUACUCACGCAGGAUGAGAAUGACAAAGGCAUAGGCGCUGUGUCCGCCAUUUUGUUUUAUAUCCUCGCGCUGCAGACGGGCUUGACUGGUUUGGAGCCGGAGAAACGCUUUGUGCGAUUGUGUCGCAAUUUCUGCCUGCUCUUCACUGCGCUGCUACACUUUAUACACAACAUCGUCAGCCCGCUGCUGAUGAGUCUCAGCGCGUCGCAUAAUCCGUCACUGAAGAGACACAUACGUGCUCUGGCGGUGUGCGGAUGUCUAGUCCUGUUUCCUAUUUUACUCAUGACUUAUCUAUGGUCCAACCAUCGUGUCUCCACUUGGUUACUGGCUGUGUCCGCUUUCAGCAUUGAAGUCAUCGUCAAGGUCGCUGUGAGUUUAUGCAUAUACUCGAUAUUCUUAUUGGACGCACGCAGGGAUACAUUCUGGGAGCGUUUGGAUGACUAUGUAUACUACAUCCGGGCGUUUGGUAACACCGUGGAAUUUUGUUUCGGGAUUUUCCUCUUCUUCAACGGCGCAUGGAUACUUGUCUUCGAAAGCGGCGGAGCCAUCCGUGCAGUGAUGAUGUGUAUCCACGCAUAUUUCAAUAUAUGGUGUGAUGCGAAAGCAGGCUGGCGUUUUAUGAAGCGGCGUACGGCUGUUAACAAAAUUGACAGUCUGCCCGAGGCUGAGGAAGAGCAACUUGAGCGUUUGGACGACGUUUGCGCAAUUUGCUAUCAGGAGAUGAAGUCGGCGAAGAUCACGCGAUGCAAUCACUUCUUUCACGGUGUUUGCUUGCGUAAAUGGCUAUACGUGCAGGAUCGUUGUCCGCUGUGUCAUGAAAUCCUGCACAGCGUCGAGUACGAUCAUAAAACGGAGGAGAACGAGGAGGAGGAGCAGCAUCCGGUGCCCGAGGAGGAAAUCUUCGACGAUUAUAGGUGAUGAUAAAUUGAUUUAUGAAUAAAUGUUUGGAUUGUGUCGACGUGGACCUCUCGGGCACACACAUACACACACACACAUUUGUUGUUGUUUUCGUUUAUAGUCUCUCAAUAUAUAGUUAAGUGAUGCGCGCCGAGCAUGAAGCCGAAACAUACACGAGGGAAAUGAAUGUGAUUGAUUUGUACUCUCAAACGUUAAUCUUGUCUUAUUUAUAUAUCUCUGGUUGAAUAACUUUGUUAAAUCGUAUAUACUUUUGUAAUAUAAUUAAGUAGUAGGCUAUUUUUAGGCGAUAAGUUUGCAGCGCAGUCACACGGUACUUACUACUGACGUGGAAUCUUUAUUAAGUUUUUGAUUUUUGUUUUAUGUUGCACGUAGCUGAAUGAUGGGCAGCUGAAUUGGUUCGUAUAUGUAUAUAUUUCGAAAACUAUAACAACGCAAGUGAUAAAACCAUGUAAUCUUAAGUGCGGCAGGAUUUAGCGUGUGGAAUUUUGUACAUAAGUAGGAUGUUUUUCAACGGGCAACUAUUGCGGUUUAUUCAUCGUUGAUGUUUCUGUUCAAUUUCCGGUUGAAUGAAGUGACGUGCAGCUUUCUGUCGAAUGGAAUAAAUAUAUUUUACAAAGGGCAA